UCCGGUUCAGACGUGACAAGUGCGGCCGACUGAACCUGAACUCAGUCUUUAUUUUCCUCCCCUGUAGCCCCUAAAAACUACACUCUUCCCUGUCCUACCACCGAGCUGGCUGCGUGUGCAUAAUGCCAUGGUGGACUGAUAUUUGUUACGAAGAGGAGCUUUCGUGCCGCGGGAGAAUUGGUCCCUUUGUGAGCUAGUUUGGUCCGUCAGUUAGUAGAGAUGUUGUGCUCGGGGCUGGAUGAGCAGCGAGUAGCCUGACGCGUCUUCUCCACAGGCCGGGACGAGCCUUUCAGCUGAGCCCGGAGGACCAGCUCACCCAGAUGGGAGCGAGGAAAGCCUGUCGAAGCCUCUGGUCAUAACCGGGUACUUGGAUACGGUUAGGCUGCCCCAAGACUGCUUCACCAAUUCCUGCUGAAAGUGAGACCCCACCAGCCUUCACGGUGGAAACGAGAAGAAGAGCAAAGAUGAAUGCUGUGCGGGGGGGCACAGUCACCUGGCGUCCCCAGCCGUGGCAGGAUGGGGACGGGGGAGGAGGAGAACCUCUGUCAGACAGCGACUCGGAGGAGGAGGACUUCCCCGACGACAGCACCACACCGCUGGGAGACUACAUCACGCAUGGAUUGAAGCAGCUCCUCGAUGCUCAGCAGCUGUGUGACGUUACGCUACUUGUUGAGGGGAAGAAGUUCAUGUGUCACAGAGUCCUCUUGGCAGCCGUGAGCCCGUAUUUUCGGGCCAUGUUCACCAGUCCCCUGGUUGAGUCCCGCCUCACUGAGAUCCGACUGGAGGAAGUGACGCCAUCUGUCAUGGAGACUGUCAUCCAGUUUGUGUACACCGGUGAGGCAGGGCUCUCUUUGGACACAGCUGAGGAUCUGUUUGUGGCGGCCAACCGGCUUCAGGUCAUGCCUCUUCAAGACUUAUGCUCCAGGUUUCUAUUUGAGCACCUCUCAGUGGAUAACUGCCUGGGGAUGUACUCUUUGGCUCGCUCUCACCAUGACCAGCUGCUACUGCGAGCGUCCCUGCGGCUCGUAGCCCAGCACUUCCCCCGGGUGGCCCGGCAGAAAGACUUCCUCCUGCUGGACCACGGCACCUUAGGCAGCCUCCUGAGCUCUGACCGUCUGGGGGUGGACUCCGAAGCGGAGGUUUACGACGCGGCGCGCCGAUGGGCAGAGCACCAGCCCUUGGAUCGCUACGCCCACAUGCCGGCACUGCUUCACCACCUGCGGCCGGGGCUGCUGUCCCAGGAAGAGAGCCGAAGACUGAGCCAGGAGUUGGGGCCCGCUGCAGCUGGUGAGGGCCUAGGGGGGCCUCUGAGACCACGGGAGGGCAUGUUUGAGAAAAAGAUCGUCUGUGUGGACCUGACGCCUCGGGAAGAUGAGAAUUUAGCUGCGAGAGACUACACAGUGGACUGCUUUGAUCCUCGGACAGGGAAGUGGGAGAAGUUAGCUGCACUGGGUUCACUGGUCAGUCCCGGCUGUACGGCUGUAGGCGACCGGCUGUUUGUAGCGGGGGGAAUCCUGCGGACGGGCUCUGUGUCUGCAGCCGUGCACGAAUACGAUGCAGUGUUGGACCUCUGGAUAGAGCGGCCCUCGAUGGUCCAACCCCGGGCUAUGCUAGGCCUGCUGGGCUGUGGAGAGUCACUCUAUGCCUUGGGCGGUAGUAACCGCUCAGCUCUGCUGGACUCCAGUGAGACCCUGGAGCUGACUACGCUUCAGUGGGCUCCGGGGCCUCGGCUACCACUCCCUCUGCGCGCCUUCGCCUGCGCAGCGUUACGUGGACGGCUUUACCUUCUGGGUGGAACCACACUUGAACAGAAUCGGGCUGUGGUCCACUCGGGAGUGCUUAUUUAUCACACCCUAACAGACUGCUGGACACGUGUGGCUCUGGACUCUGGCGCCACUUGCCUUGCAGGAGGAGUAGCAGUGCGUGGAGGAGUCUGUGCCAUUGGGGGAUACAUGAGGGAUACUACCAAGUUCCUGGAUGGAAACUACACCAAUCUGGAGACUUUAGACGCCACUGGGCGUGUGCUGUUUUUCAGAGAGGGCAGGGGGUCUGGAGUAGAGAGGGAGGUGACUGGAGGUGGGGUGAUGGUCACCGCGGAGCAGCGGGGGGCAGCAGGUGGUGGAAGCGACCGAGCCCCGAGCCCUGUGGUAUUUCCCGGGCUGCCGCGGCGGAUCGCAGCUGGUGGUGUGGCGAGGUGGAAACGCAGGAUUUAUGUGCUGGGUGGGGAAAACGGCUCACGGUUCUAUGACAGUGUUUACUGUUGGAAGCCCGGCUGGCGCAGCUGGGUCCAGAGACGUGAGAAACUCCCAGGAGACACUGGAGGGGUGAGCCAGUUUGGGUGUACCACUUUAAAGUUCCCUAAGAAACACAUCCUGUCCAGACUGAGACUAGCCAAAGAAAACUGCAAGAAGGCUGCUGACUAGCUUGAUAGGGACCACUAUGACUGAAGUUGAGGCAGCCGUUCAUGUGACACAGAGAUGAGCUCCAGGCCGAGUUUGAAUUUGCUCCCCCUUGACCUCAUGUAAUGUUGGUGUGGAGAUGAAAUCACAAGGAAGAUUUUUACAGUCCUGAGCGCAGCCACAGAGUAGGUCUGUAAGGGACUGGACUUGUUAGGAUAGCCAAAUGUACAAGCAGAGAGCAAGUGGAGCCAGAAACUGUUAGGGCUGUACCGAAUAAUUCCCAGCUUCAUUAAUUUGAAUUCUAAAACUUCAUUCAUUCACCAACAUUGAAAUGCUGCUCAGCCAUUUAUCUGUUUUUUCACGGUUAUUCAUUCUGUUUUGGUAUUUCUUUACUAUUGCAGAUAAACAUUCGGCCACACUACUAAUAUAUUUUCUGACAUUUUAUGGACCAAACAACUAAUUGAUUAAUUGAGAUAACAAUCAACAGAUUAAUCAAUAAAAUAAUCGUUAGUUGCAGCAUUAUACCAUAAGUAGAAAUACAUUUCAGGGCUUGUGUAGGACUAUUCCCGUCUUGUGUGAUCCAGACGUUUCCAAUGCGAUAUAAAGCCCUAAAAUCCAAAUUUAUUUUAAAAAAAAA